AUGAAACUCUUGAAGAACCUAGCCCUCAGCAUCGUGCUGCAACGAACUGUAGCAGCGAUUGGCUUCACAACCUACAAGGAGAUAGAUGAAGGACGAGAUAAUUCAGGCGAGAUAGCGUAUUCGGAGCUAUUCAAUCGAUCCAGCACUUUGUUUCUCUAUAUUCAAAUUACUCCAGAUGGCGCCGACCACAGUAAUAUCAUCGAUGAUUUCACGACACUGGCACAAAACUAUGGUAGCCAGGGAGUUUCAGUGAUCCCCAGAGUACGCUAUGGAUGGCCGAACGGAACGAUCGCAACCGAGCCAGAAGAGAGCAUUCUCAUGAAUGAUGUGUCUACAUUCGCUACUGUAUUUCAAAAUAUCAGAGGAACUAUAAAUAUACCUGUCAUUCAAGCUGGUUUUCUUGGAGAGUGGGGGGAGUGGCAUGAUGGUCAAUAUUGCCAAUUUCAGGGCACGGCUGAUACCGCAGUGGAUCUUGCAAUCAAAAAGAAUGUUGUCAAUACCCUUCUUUCGACAGGGUACAAGGUGGCGCUGCGAUACCCCGCCGACCAUCAGGCCUUGUUCAACGGCAGCCGUGCAGUGACCAUCCACGAUGACUGUAUCUUUGAUGGAGGCUUCAACGGCACUGAUGGAGGCACAUGGCCAUCCGAUGACCGUCAAACCUGGAUUGACUAUACAAUUGAAGUGGCAGGUAACAAUACGUUUGGUGGUGAGGGAUGCAACGAUGCUGGUGAUGCUACAUUCGAUUGGUCCGACUACACUGCUUUGUGUGGUAGUGACGGCAUUGCAGCAUACAUUAAUACCUUACAGAUAGCGUAUAUGAAUUAUGAUUAUCCGGCCGACUACGAAGAUCUUAUUGAAGACUCCGGCGAAAGCACUUGUGUGGAUGCAAUUCAGGCAGCUCUGAACUCGUGGAACUAUGCGCUGACUUCAGGGGCAAUCGCAUGUACUAAUUUGACCUCCUCGCUGGGGUCCGGAAAAGUGUCCAGCAACCCGUUGGACCUGCGGUAUAUUGCCAGCCGAGGGGAUUACUGGAACGCCCUUCAAAGCAUCUACCAACCGUCAUGCAUUGUAUAUCCGACGUCUGCCCAGGAUGUGUCAAUUGUACUUCAAGCCAUUCGCGUUUCUAAUAGCCGUUUCGCAAUCAAGGCGGGAGGUCAUAAUACGAAUAACUUCUUCUCAUCCGUCGACAAUGGAGUAUUGAUUGAUCUGAGUUCAUUGAACGCAAAAAGUUAUGAUCCAUCGAGAACUCUGGCCACAUACGAACCCGGAAGUACUUAUGGCGAGCUUUACGACUAUUAUGCUCAGCUCGGUCGCACUGUUCUCGGUCCUACACUCGCAGGUGUUGGCACUGGUGCUGCCUUGGGCGGUGGUUUGAGUUACUUGUCGCCUCAAUAUGGGAUGGCUUGUGACGAUUUUCGUGAAUUAGAAGUUGUUCUGCCUAGCGGAGAAAUCGUGGUUGCGUCUCCUGAAUCAUAUACAGACCUAUUCUUUGGUUUACGUGGUGGCGGUGGUAACGCAUACGGGAUCGUCACCAAAUACACCGUUCAAAGCCGACCAGUUGGUCAAUUCUUUGCGGGCAACCUCGUCUAUAUCUUUGAACAGAACGAUGCUGUAGCCGAUGCUAUCCAGUCGUUCAUGCAGUAUAAUCCGGACCCUAAAGCAAGUAUCGUUGCCACUUAUUUGAAGCUACUCACGCCGGAUGUGAAUCUCAAUCUGGACGAAGCAAUUCUCGUGUUUCUUGUAUACGAUGGACCCCAUGCCGGAGAUGUAUUCCAAAAUUUCACGAGCAUCCCUUAUCUGUUGAAUACGAUGUCUAUCAAAAAUUAUCCCGAGGUUAUAAACAUGCCCAUACCGUUUCUCGCCGAGCUCACUCGGGGUGAUAACACAGUUCGAGUUGGUGUUCAUCGGGUCAUUGACGAUGAUAGUUAUAAAACAGCACUCGAUGCAUGGCGCAAUUGGGCCGAAACUAACAAAGGUUCCUAUGAGCUUCUCACAUUCGACUACGAACCUGUUCCUAAAAGCUUGACGGAUGCCAGCAAUGCUCAGAAUGGGGGAAACGCUAUGCAAAUGCCCGACGGACCUUGGUACUGGAUUAGUUAUAUUCUUGAAACCCCUCCUGGUAUGUCUCAAGUGGAUUAUGAUGCUGUGCAGACCAGUUUUGCCAACAUGGUGGACUCUGUUGGUAACGCCAAAGACUUGCCGCUGUUCGUGAAUGAUGCCAGUUUUGAUCAGAACCCUCUGGCUACGUUUUCGACGUAUUCGGAUUUGCAGCAAAUCAAAGCAAAAUACGACCCUGACGGGUUCUUUUCUCAAAAAACUGGGGGUUGGUCAUUCAAAUAA